AUGACUUUCGCUUUCCGCUUCGCGAAUGGCACAAGGAGAAAUGCAUAUCAUAUCAAAUCUUAUUCACAAUAUACAACAACAGCAACAGUAUUGAGAGUUGCUCGAGCAACCAAUGUGAUACCGUUCACUCAACCUCCCUUCUUGCAAGCUUUUUCGAAAUCACCGACCGAGCUGUCUCGUGCAUUCCAUGCAUCACCAUAUUAUACAAGAACGAGAUUCUCAAAAUGUGUACCGGUUAUCGGUCGUGCCGCGUCCUCCUCUCGAUCAGUCUACACGCUUAGACCACCUCGACCACCCCGCCUUCCUCAAUAUUCUGAAUACGACCGAUUUCAAUCCGCCGUUCCGAUAUAUCGCAAACGCAUCUUUUGGGCAUACGUUGGCGUAUUUGGCGGGUUUUUCGGAUAUUACUAUUUAUCUCACCUCGAGGAAGUUCCCAUAACUAAUAGGAAACGGUUCAUGAACGUGUCACCCAAGCAGGAAGAGUAUAUGACUCAGCAGGCGUAUAAAGAGGUCAUGUCCAAAUUCGGUCAUAGGAUAUUGCCGGCGCGGCAUCCUGAUUCAAAGUUUGUCAAGAAAGUGGCUGAAAAGAUUAUAAAAGUUUCACCGAUUGAACAUCUUAACUGGCAAUUUCAUGUGAUUGCUUCAGAUGAAAAAAAUGCGUUUGUUCUUCCAGGUGGAAAGGUGUUUGUGUUUACUGGUAUAUUACCAGUCACUCAGAAUGAAGAUGGGUUGGCUGCUGUACUUGGACAUGAGAUUGCUCAUCAGGUUGCUAGACACAAUGCUGAAAAACUUUCAUACGUAAAGAUUUUACUAUGGGUUCAGAUAUUGUCUAGUUUCUUCAUUGAUCCUAGUCUUUUAAACAGGCUUUUCUUGGAGAUUGGAAUACUGAUGCCAUUCUCGCGCAAGAUGGAAAUUGAAGCCGACGAAAUUGGACUCUAUUUAAUGGCUCAAGCAUGUUAUGAUCCUACAGAAGCAACGCGCCUUUGGGAAAGAAUGGAUCGUCUACAACGGCUGUCUCCUCCACAAUUCCUCAGCACCCAUCCCUCUCACAAGACACGACAGAAAAAGAUACAAGAAUGGUUGCCCAAGGCUCUUCAAUUGCAAGAACAAAGUGAUUGUCAGCAUGAAAUAGACGACUUUGCUUAUGCGAUUAAAAAACUAAAGCCACAAUGGGUAUCGUGGUAA